AUGUUCAUGAGGCGCACCACAGGGACGCUUUCGAGAAGCGCGGCUGGCGCAGUGGUUUUUCACGAUGCUGGCACUCUUGACUGGCCGGCUUCGAAAGUCGACACCACUGAGGCCGCCCGCUCCGCCAAGACCGCCAGCGCCACCUCCGAAGCCCCCAGCACGAACGGUGGCACCAGCACCAACAUCACCACGAGAAGCAUCCUCUUCGAGCCUAACUGGUCGUUGAUCACCUCGUACACGACGCGUUCCACACCACGGGCGCCGAUCCAUCGUACUCCUUGUGGUUCACGCCCAUCAUGUAGAUGGGCGUGGAGUUCUUGGGCCGCUCCGAGUUCACCGCCUUCUAGCAGCCGCCCUCGAAGUGGGCGUGGGCCUUGUCCGUCGUCACGAACGCGCCCGUCGACUCGCACACAUACGUGGCGCCGACGUUGUCCCACGGGCGACGGGCUGCGCGCCGCGAACACGUG